AUGGGCAGGACCAGCACGUGGGCCGGCCCGACACAAGCCCGCUCGAGGUCCGGCCCGUUGUUCACUAGGUGGGCCGCGGGCCUGUCACGGUCUCACGGUCAAGAAAUUUUAUUUCAGGCCCACACCGACAGGAGCCCGUCUAGAUGGCCCAUGGGCCGGCCCGCGGGCCGAACGUUCUUUUCCUUUGUUUUUUAGCCUAAAACUGUAAAAAAAACAUAAAAUACGGACCAACUCGCAGGAGGCACGAGCCCGAUCCGUGGGCCCUUGGAUCCGGGGCGGGCCGUCGUGGACAAACUCUGAAAAUUUCAAGCCCGACCCAGCACGUCACUCAUGGGCUCGAAUUCGGCUCGGAUUGCCAUUUCCCUAAGUCCACAGGCCCGACCCGUCCCAUGCCCAAAUCUACUUCCCCUCUUAAGUCUUAUCCUUCCUCCUAGCCCCCAAUUGCAUGGAUUUACUUUGGGCUUGCAUAACGUAGUGGUCAAAUUAUAUAAUUAUUGGUGACUAUAUUUUAACUUUAUUAUUAGUGACCAAAUACAAAGUAUAUAUAAUUGGUGGCCAAAUUCUAAGUAUAUAAUAGUGGUCAAUGUAAGGUUGAGUAUGCCCUUUAGAUACUCUGAAAGUGUCUUUUAUCAUCUCUACCUUGUAAGUUGUAACUAUUUAAGUUUCUUCUAGACCUCAUCAAUUUGAUGACCUGAUUGUUUUCAAUUUGGAGCUUGAAUUUAGGCCUAGAUCAAUCCUCACUUUACCGGGAUUCAAGGUGGUCAACAAUGAGGAACACAAUAAUCUCAAUGUACCAGCCUUCUCAUCUAGCCAGUUUACUACCCACCAUGCAAUCAAUCAUAGAAUCAGCCACCCAAAAUCUCACUCAUUUAUGUUCACAAGAACUAGAAAAUCAUAACAAAUACAUAAUCUUCUCUAACUUUUCCCUCAAAUUGACCACUGAUAUUAUAGGACAGGCAGCAUUUGGUAUCAAUUUUGGCCUCUCUAAACCAAGCUCAACAAAUGAUCAACCAAAAAAUACUCAAGUCUCAGAUUUCAUCAACCAACAUAUAUAUUCCACAACCACACUCAAAAUGGAUCUCUCAGGAUCAUUUUCUAUCAUAUUAGGCCUAUUAGUCCCCUUCCUUCAAGAGCCAUUUCGACAACUUCUUAAGAGGAUACCAGGAACUAUGGACUGGAAAGUCGAAAGGACUAAUAACAAGUUGAGUAGCCGGCUUGAUGAGAUUGUUUCGAGGCGAGACAAAGAAGAGAAAAAAGAUUUGAAGGACUUCUUGUCUUUGAUAUUGAGUGCUAGGUACUCUGAGAAAGUGUCUAGAAAUUUGUUCACUUCAGAUUAUGUUAGUGCACUUGCAUAUGAACACCUUUUAGCUGGGUCAGCAACAACAGCCUUUACAUUGUCUUCAAUUGUGUAUCUAGUUUCUGGACAUCCUGAGGUUGAGAAGAAGUUGGUUCAAGAGAUUGAUGAGUUUGGACCGCGUGAUCAGGUGCCAACUGCUCAUGAUCUUCAACAUAAGUUUCCCUAUCUCGAUCAGGUAAUCAAGGAAUCCAUGAGGUGCUACACAGUAUCUCCAUUAGUUGCAAGAGAAACAGCUGCAGCAGUUGAGAUAGGAGGUUACCUGCUCCCAAAGGGAACAUGGGUAUGGCUAGCACCAGGUGUUCUAGCCAAGGAUCCGAAGAACUUUCCAGAACCCGAGAAAUUUAAACCAGAAAGAUUCAAUCCGAAUGGGGAAGAGGAGAAGCAUAGGAAUCCAUACGCGCACAUACCCUUUGGGCUUGGUCCGAGAGCUUGCAUUGGGCAGAAAUUCGCUAUGCAAGAAAUAAAGCUCACAAUCAUUCACCUAUACCGCCAUUAUGUGUUCCGACACUCCCCUGAGAUGGAGAAGCCUGUAGAGCUAGAGUAUGGCAUCAUUUUGAACUACAAACAUGGAGUCAAGCUUCAAGUCAUCAAGCGAAUUAUGUAAUUUAUCAAAUCCCAUUUGGUAGCCAGUAAUGAAUGACUGUAGUUAUAAAGAACUUAUAUGCAACUUUGUAAAUAAAGUCAAAUCCUGAUGCCUUUAAAUGAACAUGUAAAUUUCUAAAGUGAAAGGAGUCUUUCAGGAUUACCAUGAACAUCUUCAAUGACACUUUCUUUACCUAUAAAUUAUUAUCAUUACAACCAUUUGUUACCAUUUA